AUGGCACACACCAGCUUCAGUACUACUACCCUAUUUGGACUCAAGCCCGGAACAGCAGCUUCUCUCUUGGCUUACAAUUCCAGAUUCCAGCAGUACUGCAAAAUUUCGGAGGCUAUCUCCUUCCAGGCCCCUGGAGCCAAGGCAAACAAGGUUCUAGGGCUCAAUUACGCAGGCAAUGUUGCAGAUGCUAAAGGUGGAAACGAGGUCAUGGCCGCCUCUACCUGUUCUUUCCACGCCAUAUCUGAAAGGGAUCUGCUGUCCGGUGUCUGCAGUAAAAAAUUUUCAACUGGUGGCAACAGAUGCUACGGCAGCACAAGUUAUAAGAGUUUGGGAGUUUUUUUUAGACGAUCAAUUGGAGCCCAGGCAGAACAAGGGCGCCGUGGGAGUAAUGGAGAUUGGAAAUCCGAGCAGCUAUUUGGCGAUAUCAGGAGGUGUUGCUGUUUUCUCCAGACCCGUCUAGGAGUCUUAUACCAGUUGAUGAAGGUAAAAAGCUGGCAGCUUUCAGUUUGCUUCAAGUAGCAGUGGAAUAUGGGUCCACAGCAGGUCAAUAUAAGCCACCAAAAAUUAUAAGAAGCCAUCAGAUUGCUGAGUCCUACGAAAUCGUCUGCUAUUGUCACUGUUACAACCUUUAGUGCUUU